UAAAUGGAUCUCCGUUUAUAAGGUUGUUACCUGGUGGGAAAAUUUUUACCAGUAUUUAGUUAUUAAGAGAAAUUUUUUUCUCUCCAUAUAUACAUGAGUUAGGAAAUCAUGUAAAGAUUCUCAUUCACACAAAAGCAAAUAACAUGAAAAAAAAUAGAGAAGGAAUUGAGAAUGAAUUUAGCUACCAAAUAUUUCAUUUUUUUCCUUUCAUCUCAAAGAAGAUAUAUGGACAAAACUUUUUGUUCACUGAUUUAUGAUUUAUUUAAGAAGAGAGAGAUUGGUAUAGGUACGGGGUGACGUGCUUGAUUUAUGUAACUAAGGAUAAUAGGAGAAGAGGGACAACGCGAGCGAGUUUCUCCUCUAAUCGCAAAAACUUGAGAGUUUCCAACUUUCACCAUCUGAGAAAAUUGUAGAAUUGGUGGAGGUUGGAAACAUGUGCUGACUAACUAAUUGUAGAGGAUUGGGUAGGUUUGAUUUCAAAAUUUGAUAAGUUAGACGAUAAAUAAAAUCGUCAAGAAAGGGAUCUCAAAUAGCUAACAUUUACGUCUUAAAUAAGAUAGAUGGGACGCUCCUCCCUAGAGUAGACCGUGUUAAAUGCUUUUAUUUUCAUCUAAAAGGUACAAAAUGACCGCCAUAAAUCCUACCAGCGCCGCCACCGCCAAACAAAGCCUCCCAAGCACAUAAUAACUUGUGUACACUCUUGGUGUUGCUUUAGCCGCGCCGAAAGUACCAACAAAAUUAAAGGAAGCAACAAAUAAAGGCAUUUAGAAUUCCUCACCAAGCAACCCCCUUCUCCCCCCAAAGCUAUAUAAACCCACACCGCCUCACCCUCCCAAUCUCACCAUUUUCACUCACUCACUCACACUGAACUCCUAUGGCCUCCGCCGUCGUAGCCAAGCCACCGGCCGCCGCUCCGGCGAGCCGCCGCCGAUGCUUCGUCUUCGUAGAGCGCGCCGCCGCCGCCGCCGUCGGCGUCAACGCGGCGAUCGCUGCCGUCGAUGACCACCGCCCAGUUCCGGCCGCGGCCGCCGCCGCCAUGGACGACGUCGUCGGCCGCGUCGCGCGGCCUGCGCGCCCCAGCGCGCGCGCCAUCAUGGAGGGGACGCACAAGCAGAUCAGCUCCGGCGGCGCCUCGGGCGGCUACUGCACCGUGCCGUGGUGCAGCAUCUGCACCGGGAAUAACCCGUUCGCCAUUGCCGAGUUCUUGCUGUGCUGCAACCUCUGCGGCGUCCCUCUCGCCGGCCGCCCCAGCUUCAUCUACAUUGGAGAGAAGGCGUUCUGCAAGGAGGAGUGCAGGUCGAGGUACGUGGUGGAGGAGGCGCUGCGCGAGGCGAGGGAGGAGAAGCGCCGCGCCGCCGCCGCCGCCGCCGCGUCGCCGGAGAAGAAGAAGGAGGCGGCGGCGGCGAGGAAGGGCGGGGAGGAGUGCAGGGAGGGGAGCAUCUUCUUCAUCUGCGCCGACGACCUGUGAAGAAUGUGAUGGAUAUGAUGCAUCAUGCGUGCAUUGCAUGGCGGAUGAUAAUCGGAGCUUGGCUGUAAUAAUAAUCGAUCUCCACCAUAAUAUAAUACAAUAGUAAUAUACUUAGUGUACUGUAAUGAGGAUGAAUAAAGGGGAUCAAAUCAAGGCCACCAUGCAUGGCUAGUCGAUAUAUA